UGCGCUACUCGUAACUACAUCCGGGUAACUGCUCUAAGCUUGCAGCGCGUAAAUAAAGUAAAUAAACAACAGUAGAGGUUUACUCACUUUUAAACAGUUAUAGUCGUUAUAAUAUACUUUGAAUUAAAAAUGAUUUGAGUGGAUAAAUAUUUAAUAGCGCAGGGUUCGGCGAAAUUGGAAAAUAUGGAUACGGGAGGCUCAGAGAAAAUGAGACCCAGAGAGCUCCCACCUCUUCCACAGCAUGGACAGCGGUCACUUCCCACAAUGCCGAGUCAGGACACAGCUGGAGAAGUACCCGCGGCUAAACGGAAGAAGAAGAGAGUGAAAAAGGAGACAAAUGGAGUCAACGAUAUGAACGAUCAGGGGAUGGAAAUGGGAGGCGUAGGCAGCCAGAGAGGAUCUGAGAUCAGACGGCAACUUGCCUUUGACACGUCGACAGACGUACCGCCGCAGAGGAGGAAGAAGAAAAAGAAAACAGACACUAUAGUUUCAGAUCUCGAGGAUGACCGAGCUGACCUGGUUAACGAAGAUGCAGCAGAUCAAAACACUGAUGGCGAAGACGUGGUCAAAAAACUCAAAAAGAAGAAGAAGUCAAAGGUUGCUGAAUUGCAGCUUCCUGACGAGUUGGACGUAGAAGAGGACGAUAUCAUCACAGACACACCGACUUCUAUCCCCCAGCAUUCCCUGUUCACGGCUCCGCAGUUUCAGAGCCAGCCGGUGGGGAAAGUCUUUGUAGAGAGGAACAAGCGUUUCCAGGCUGCAGAGCGCUCAGACUGGAAGAAGACCAGUGACCAGAUGGAUAGCAUGACAGAUUUCCACCACGUUCAGCCGCUCUGGACCACCAGAGACAUUUCUAUCAGAGUGCACGAAGGCUUUAGGGUGUUCGGUCUGUAUUGUCACGGCUUCCUGGCGGGCUACGCCGUGUGGAACGUGGUGGUGGUGUACAUGUUAGCCGGGCAGCAGCUCACCGCUCUGUCCAACCUGCUGGAGCAGUACCACAGCCUGGCUUACCCCUCCCAGUCUCUGCUCUACAUGCUGCUGGCCAUCAGCACGGUGGCUGCAUUCGACAGGGUGAACCUCGCCAAAGGCUCCAUGGCUCUGCGUGAGUUCAUCACACUGGACCCGGUCGCUCUCGCCUCGUUCUUGUACUUCUCAGCAUUGGUGCUCUCUCUGAGCCAGCAGAUGACCAGCGAUCGAAUCAACCUGUACCCGGCCUUCAACACGACAUUAUGGCCUCCGGGUUUGGAGCACCAGAUUCUCCCUCCAUGGGUGACAGUCAACCUGGUGGUUGCUCUGCUGGUGGGGCUUGCCUGGAUCUUCAUUGCCAUCCGACCUGAGAGAGACUACACUGAAUGUUAUCUGAUGGCCAUGGAGCUGGAGCCUCCAAAACCAGACAACAAAUCAGAAAUGACCGCCUGAUUCUGUAUAUCUGCUCUGACACAUACCGUACAGCUUGAUGUCAUUUUGCACAUUUUUACUGUAUUUUAACAGUUUGUUGUAGAUUAUUUUUGUAUUUUUGUCAAUGAGCUAAUCUCUUUUUAAAUACAGAGUUUUAUCCAACAACGCCUCUGUUACUUUUUAAAGAAAUUAUAUGAUGAUGAGAUGAUGAAAUAGUAUAUUUAUUUUAUGUGUCCUAUGGUAUGUCCACACAGAGACAUCCAGAUUUUUAUUAUUAUAACAGCAUCUUUGUAAAA